AUCCUCCUUCAAAAAGAAAAUGAUCGCAUUUGAGAAAGAGCUCUCAGAUUUGGAUCAAAUGUUUACCAUUACUUUAAAAAAACUAAGCGUGGAGAGUGAUGAGCUUGAGGAAGAAAUUGGUGAGUUGCAGCGGAAUUUAGAGCCAGUGGACGCGCUCGGCACCGCUGUUUUGAAACCCUUCAGUAUUUCUACAAUCCCUCCUGCGAUUGCCUCCAAAUACCCGGAAGUUGAGCAGUUUCAGAAAUAUUUGAAGGACUGGGGUGGCCAUUCAGGAGGCUGGACGGAUGAGGACCACGAAGUUUUUCUGCGACUGAGGGCCAAACAUAAUCCCAACAGUGUGGCCUACUAUUUACGUCAAGAAAUGCCAGAUAUCAGUGCAGCAGAGGUUGCGCGGCAUGAGUCUUGGUACCAAGAAUAUUGCGCUCUCAAAGCUGCCCAGCAGAGGGCCAUCAACGAUUGGCGGGAAUCUCAAAACUUGUCGAAAAAAGUUGAUCUACAUCAAGCGGCCAUCGAACCCCCACCUGCUCCUUCUCCGGUGAAAAGAAGGGACCCAGCGAUCAAGGAAAAGAUUCAAGCUUGGAAGGAAGCUAAACAAGCAGAGCUUGAGGCAGACAGAGAAAGAAGGUUGAUGAUGGAGGAAAAAAGGAGAUCUGAAGAGGAAGCAAGGAUAUUAAAACAGAUGGAACUGCGGGAGAAAGUAAAAUUAUACAAAGCCAGGAAACUUGAAGAGGCGCAUGCUGCUGCAGUGGCUGAACAGGACAGAGCAGUACAGGAGGCUCAAAAAGCUGCGGAAAUGGCGAAUACACUCAUCAAACAAUACAGGCAGGAGGACACGAAAUGGAUAGAGAGGAAGAAGAUGCAACGACUGCAUUUCAUCCUGGAGGAGGAGCAGAGGCUCGAGAGAGAGCGGGCACUCGCCGCGUCCGUCGCCAAAGACAUCAACGUCCACCGGGACCCCCGACGCCUCCUUCAGCCGACCAAAGUUUGGGAGAAAAGACUCCAAAACUCGGAAUCCGACGAAGAAGUUGAGAAACCCACCGUCAAGGAUAUCGAUCAGGUCAAACAUCUUGGUAUCCCAGAGUGGCGAUUGGGAUUGUAAGCUGUGCAGUGUGAACGCCGCUGUCUGAAUCAAGAAUUCAAAAUUGCCAUAAAAUCUAGACACCUCAAUACCCCCGCUACAAUGUCAUUAGGAAAAGAAUGUGGCUGUUCUUGGCAGGCUUGUAGCCAGGAUUUUGUUUCUAGAGUGGAGGACUUACGCUGGGUGAGAGGGAUCCAAGACCCCCUCCAAAAUAAGGGGGGUCAAUCAUUCUAGAUAGAAACGAGCA